AAGUUGAGUCGCUUUUUCAGUGUGUUCCUGUAUGUGAGUGAGUUUGCGUUGCGUCUCUGCGUAUCUGUUCGUUCAUCGGUUCAUUUUUUACAAGAAUGGCACGUGCCACCGAAUACAUCACAAGCCAAAUAAACAAACAUGUCGAAAGUGCAAACAAAUAUUAGUGCCAUACACCAUGCAAAGUUCCUGCACGAAAUGUUGGUAAUCACACCGGUGCCGAUAUUUUCUCUAUAUUAUUUUUAAACGUACGUUGGUGUCUAUCCUAAAUUUAAGUCGUACAUGCGAAACGUGGAGAAAUCAAUUUUCCAAAUGUCACGACUCUCGAGGACACCACAUUGUUAGUUUGCCGUUAGUUUUGGAAAAUUUCCGCGGAAAAAUGGAAAGUGCAGUUAUGACUCCGGGAAAUACUCGAUUGAAAGUACGCGGGAAAAAUAAAUCGUUAACGCGGCUCCUGAACCGUAAUCACAGCUUGAGCAAUAAAAACAAUCGGAAUGCUAGACCCAAUUCGUUGAGGAGCAGCUCGAACCAGAGACAUUUAAACCAUUUUCCGAAGAGUGUACGCUGUAAUCAGAUCGAUAACGCUGCCUUCGUAAACAAUAUCAACAAUGGAAAUGAUACUGAAGAGAGGAAAAUUAUUUUCCAUGGAAAUUUUACAAGAGAGGUUUACAAUGCAAUAUGCCUUCGGUUAGGACACACCCUUUAUAUUCCUGAAGAUUCCGUGCAAUCUGUUUUUAACGAUAUGCAGCUUUAUCCAUCGAAAGAUCAAGUGUCAGAAAUGUUGAAGUGUGCAAGACAGUGCGGUCGACGAAAUGGGGCAUCUAAGUAUCUCACCUUUGGCGAGUUUUGUGUCUUUGUUCGAGAAAUGCAAAAUCAGAAUCCGAAGCAGAACCGCAAAAUACAGUCAUGUAAAUCGAACAACAAAUGUGGAAAUAAUUGUGAGGUAUUCUUAGGAGGGUCAUGCAAUCCCACAACAUGGAGAGCCGAUACGGCAAUUCCAGAGCUCCAAAAACACGGUAUUACGUUUUAUAAUCCACAAGUUUCGAUGUGGGUGCCUGAACUGGUGGCCCAGGAGCACGAUGCUAAACAGGCCGCCUCAGUUUUGCUCUAUGUGGUGGACAACCAAACUAGAAGCACUGUUGGCAUGAUUGAAGUCGCGUAUUUGGUGGCUUCAGGGCGGUGUGUUGUCAUUGUUGCACACUCGUACAGACCUGGGCAAAGUAUCAUGGGGGAGACAAUCACGCAGAGGGAGUAUAGAGAUUUGGUAGAGGGCCAGACAACGUUAUUAACGCUAGUUAGGAGUAAAGGGAUUAAAGUCCACCAAACUUUGCCCUCAGCUUUGCAAUGCACUGCGAAGAUUUUAAGAAAUGUUAGCAACGAUAUGACACCCGAAGAACAGCUAACUAUGAAACUGAGAAAAUUGCGGGAAAUUUUUGACUCCUGUGGAGGUCCAAACGGUGAAAUAGAUUCGUUAAAAUUUAUGAAAGCCUUCCAGCAAUUAACUCAGCGUGAACUAACGAAUAACGAACUUUACAAGUAUUUUACUCCCAACAACAAAAGCAUCACAUUUGAGAAAUUCUGCAUGUUGAUGGCGGAACUGACCAGCGACAACUGUGAUACGAGCACGACAAAUGGUAGAUUUUCUGAUCCUUUAUAUUGGACGUGCGCACUUUUGAAGACUCGGCAUUUGCUCAAUUCUUACGUUAUCGAACCAGUCUUAGGGUGGGUUAGUCAGCCGUUUCAGCGGCAAUGUUCGACAAAUAACAACACUUGCAACGUGGAAAAUUCUGUACUAAAUGGUACAAUAGACGAACCCUUCACCAACACGUCAUUUAAAAAUAAGUAUGAUGUGUUUCUUGGUGGAACGCAUAAUUCACUAAGCAACUGGCGAGAAGAUGUAGCAAUACCAACGUUGAAAAAAUACAAUAUAAGGUAUAAUCCAGUUUCUACGAACGGAUAUGAAGUAUUAGAUAAUAAGAGUGUGAGUGAUGAAGACGUCUUGGAGUGGAAACAGAUGAUGGAUGGUGCCGAUGUGUUAUUGUUUGUCAUAACGGAGGAUACGAGGUCAUUGACAACUAUGAUCUUGGCCGCUCAUUACAUUGCAAUAGGAAAAAACCUUGUCUUGUGUGUCCAGCACUUGCCAGAAGAGAACUGUGUUGUUGGCAAUGAAUCUCUGUCGGAGCAGGCGAUAAAAGACUACAAUCGCGGGAGGGUGUACGUAACAGAUAUGGCGAAACGUAAACAAAUUCCAGUAUUUGAAGACAUCGCAGAAGCUGUGCAAUGUGUAGUCAACAUGAUACAGAGCAGAUAGUCAGAUACCUCACAUUUUGUUUUAUAAAUGAAUUGGAAUUUUCAUUUCAUGACACAGGAAAAACAUAUUUGCUCUCUUGAACGGUUUUGUAAGGCAGCUCUCUUCCUGUAAAGCAGCUCGUUUCAGGUGAAAUGGAAUUUUCGAUAAAUACGCUUUUAUAUUUUUAUUAUUUGUUAUUAAUGUUUUAAUGUAACUCUAAUUUCAUUGUUAUUGAACACUUAUUGGUGCAGUUUUUUAUUUGUUUGAUCAUUGUAACGGAAAUCUAACUUGUGGAUGUUUCCCACUAAGAUAAUGUUAGAUGUAAAGUGGUAUAAUUUUUAUUAACUGAAAUUCUUGUUUAACAGCUAUACUUUGAUAUGUACAGUGUAAAAAGUGAUGAAGGUAGCUAAUGUUGGCAAAGACAAGUUCCUCUCUCAAAUGUAAAUACGGCUGCUACUUAAGUUUGUUGGGUAUAGUUGUUAAAUUCUUGGUAAAACGAUGAUAUUAUUUAAACAUCACUCCAACUAUAAUACCUAUUUCACAUUUUUUUCAUUAGUUUGUAGGUAAUUCGUUAAAUUUAUACAAAAUUGUGCAGUAGAGUAAUUUAUUAUACAUAUUAUAAUAUUGUUGUGUUUUGUGCAAUCAAGGGUGGAAAGCCAGCUGGUGUUUCAAGUACUUAAAGUGUGGAUGCUGCAAAGAUCCCUAUGUUUUAUGCAUUUAAGUCAGAAGGCAAAUGUGGUCCAAGUCAUAUUUUUCACAUUUGCUAGAUUGGAAGCGGAAGGAAAUAUAGUACAACCUAUUUUCUUACAGUUUAUGACUAUGUGAUUUAUUUGAUGACAAGGUAGCCAUGGCAGAAAGUAACAUCAGUAUUGUAAGAGGUGUUGUGCAUUUUUGCGCGAGUUUGUUUCAACUGCCGAAGUUUACAUAUUUGGGAACGAAGUGGAGAUUUUUAUCUCCUUGGGCAUGUUCUGUACCUGAAAAAAUAUAUGAAGAAGGAACUAAUAUUUUUAUAAUAACAGAA